AGUUUUCAAAAGUUAGGUCCUCAGAGACCAGUGUCCGUUUCGUAACCGGGCGGAAUUCGUGCUUGCAAUGAAUGAGUCGAUAUUUCCAGGUCUCCAGGAUUGAGGACGUUGCGCUGUAUUCAAGAUUGGCUUUCCAGUAUUAUUUCCCGAUUGUUCCUUAGAAAUUGAAACAAGGUGAAAAUCAGUUUUCUACAUUCCUCAUACAAGAAAGACGAGGUGAAGAUUGAAAAUUAAACCGUAGAUUAAUAAAUGUGCACCACCAUGGCUCACCCCUGCAAAGGUUACACCACUAUUUUUCCUCUCCUGCUCUGCGCAGUCUGCAUCUCGGCCUCUCAAUAUGAAAACAUCAAAGUGGAGAAUUUGAUCCUUAGAAUGGAUGGUGAUAAAUUAAAGGCCGGCAUGGUCGAUCCUAGCUUCACGACUUUGGAUUUCCAGGAACUGCCAGAAGGCAUGGAGGCCCCGAUCGAGCUGGGUGUCCAGCUGAAGCACCACGGCAUAGACCCGCGUAGCGUUCGCAAGCUUUCGGCGAACAAGCUCGUCUUCGGCCAGCACACCACUCUGGAGCUUCGGAACCUGGAUGGCGAAGAUCGGUGCGUGGAGGUGGCCUGGAGCGCGACGCAGUGGAACCACACCCUGGAGGACUGCUUCGAGCUGCGCCCGCACCACUGGUUCGGGGGCCCCGAGCAGACGGACCAGUUCUGGCCCAUCCAGAGCAUCGUUUACAAGGAGUACUCGUACGUCACCAAGGAGCUGGACAGCAUGGCCAUCGCUGAGCCCUACUGGUUGAACUCGGCCGGGUUCCUCAUCUACGUCGACCCUUCUGUCCCGCUUUUCAUCGACCAGAACAACCACCGGGCUCACUCUUUCUGUCUUAUGGCCAGGCACGCGCCGCCAUACUUGAGGAAAGGUGCCCCCGAACUGAAAUACACGAUGUGCAAAUUUGCGGAUCCUCGAGCGGCCCACGAGUUCGUCAUCCAGAGAUUUAUCCCGAAGCCGUCCGACCACCCGGAUGAACUGAUGGUGCGUCAUCCGAUUUGGUCGACCUGGGCCAGCUUCAAGUACGCCAUCGACGAUAAAGUGGUGCUGAAAUUCGCGCAGCGCAUCAAAGACAGCGGUUUCACGUACAGUCAACUCGAGAUCGAUGACGUCUGGGAAACAUGCUACGGCAGUCUCACCUUCAACAAGACUCAGUUCCCCAACAUUCGGGGCUUCGUAGGGCAACUGAACAAGAUGGGUUUCCGGACGACCCUAUGGGUGCACCCGUUCAUCAACCGAGACUGCCAAGGGACUCACAGCGAGGCGGCCAGCAAGGGAUACUUGGUGAAGAACCACUUGGGGAGCACGGUGACGCCGUGGUGGAACGGGGGAGUUCAGGGCGCCGGCUACGUGGACUUCACGAACCCGGCCGCCGCUGAGUGGUACGAGAAACGGCUCAAAAACAUGCUCGCAGAGACUGGCAUCGACUCCUUGAAGUUUGAUGGCGGGGAGAGCAGUUUCUCGCCGCAGAUCCCCAUCAUGUCCAGUGGCCCGGAAUUGGAGGCGCCAGAGACAAUUGUCCGAGAGUACGCGAAGACGGCAUCCCACUUCGGGAAGAUGGUGGAGGCGCGAGUGGGAAAGCGGACACAGGACCUGGCGAUCUACCUGCGGAUGCUCGACCGGGAGUCGGUGUGGGGCUUCAAGAAGAACGGAAUGGCGAGCAUCAUGACGACGACGUUCGUGCUCAACCUGAGCGGCUACCGCUUCGUCAUGCCGGACAUGGUCGGCGGCAACGGCUACAACGGAGACAACGUUUCCAAGGAGAUGUUCAUCCGAUUCUUGCAGAUCAACGUCUUCCUCCCGGUCAUCCAGUUUUCCAUCCCGCCCUGGGAUUACGAUACCGAGACCAUUGAGCUGACCAAGAAGUUUGUAAAACUACACCAGGAUUAUGCAGACAAAAUCAUAGAACUGAUGAAGGAAACGGUGAGAACAGGAAAACCGAUCAACAUGCCGAUUUGGUGGGUAGAUCCUACAAACAAAGAGGCUCAUGGAAUCAAUUCAGAAUACCUAUUGGGCGAGGAGAUUUUGGUGGCGCCGGUAAUCGAAGAAGGAGCGAGGAGUCGGGAUAUAUACCUUCCGAGCGGUGAGUGGCGGGAUGAGGUCAAAGCGGAUAAGCCUGUCAUCAAGGGUCCCGUCUGGCUCCGAGAUUACCCUGCACCUCUCGACACUCUCCCCUAUUUCACUCGGGUUACGUCGGGCGCUCAGCACAUUUCGAUAAGCAUCAUCCUGCUCGCCGUUCUGUCGCUCUUCUUGGUCGCUUUCCGAUAGGAUCGCGAUAACCUAUAUACCGCGCUAAGGAAGAGCGCCGUAUGAGCCUUCAAACGUUGCCAAGUUUCCUUCGAUAAAAACCAAUUUAUUGGGAAAAUUGUGAAUAUUUUUCUUCAAAUUUUUCGGACAAUUCAAAACC